GUCAGUGUAGACAAUCCUGAGCUAGAAGGAACAAAGGCCUGACUCAGUAUUGGGCAGUUCCCUAUAUUCUGAGGAUGGGGUUAUAGCUCAUUCCAAGCUCCCUGCCUGAAACCUCUCCCUGGCCGGCAUCUCCCAGUCAGUGCAAAGAAUAUUAAGCUUGCUGAGCCAAAAACGGUCUGAUUUUGUAGAAGCCGCUCCUUCCCUCCUCCCUCCCCCCGAAGCCCUGCAGGGCAGACCCGCCUGAAGUCGCACAUCCAAGUCCCAGGAGGGCUCUCUCUCCACGCGGGGAACCCUCCGAGGCAGGCUCCUCCGAGGCAGGCUCUCACGGCUGCCGCAGAAGCACGAGACGCGCCUCCGGCCAGGCGGUCCCUGGCCCCGGGCCGAGCGAGCCGGCGAGCGGACGAAUAACGAGGCUGGGGGAGGCAGGCAGGCAGGCAGCCUGGGCGGGAGGAGGAGGAGGAGUCCGCCUGCCUGGGGAGGCUCGCUUCUCCCUAUAAAGCUGGGGCCGGCGGCCGGACUGCGGGAGCUGCAUUUCUCCUGCUGCAGCGGCGGCCCCAGCAGCAGCCUCUUGGCAACUUGCGUCCCUCGCCCGCGCCGAUGCUCACCGGUGGGGCUCCUCGGGAGGAGGGAAAUCCGUCACGUGGAGCGAGGCGGAGGAGAGGCAAGGCAGGCGAUUAGCAUUCCAGCGACAGCUGGCGAAGGAGCCACUCGGCACUACCAGGAGGAGGAGUCCCUGCCCAGCCCGGCGGUGCCCGCGGGGCUCCCCCAGUCCGGGCUGCGCGGCAUCCCUGCCUUGCGUGGCUCUCGCCAAAGCGCCGCCGCCGCCUGGGGACUGGCUGGGCAGAAGCGCCGCGGCCGCCGCCGAGGGAUGGGGCUCCAGGAGCUGUCCGUGGUGCUGAUCAUCGCCGCGGGACUCAUCCACGGUAAGCCGCUGGCGCUGCUCGGCGACGAGGCGCUGGGAACUGUCCGUGGUGCUGAUCGGGGCUCGCCUCCCUCUUGGAGUUGGGCUCGCCUGCUCCGCGGUACUCCCCACCGAACCACCCGGCGCCCAGAUAGGUGUCAACAGACAGAGCCCACCUCCUGCCAUAGUGGGGGUGGUCCAGCCGCGGACUGGAUAGGAAGGCGAGGGUGCCUCUGAGCAUGGGAAGAGUACCUCUCCACCAUCCUCCCCACUGUCCAGGUCCACACGUUUGGUGGUCUUUGCGGGGAGGAGGAAUAGCAAACCAGAGCGUGUUAAGUCCCGAACCGGGAGGAUUGCUCCAUGGACGAUUGUGCAGAUCUGACAUUUCUGUUUCUGAGUAGGCGUCACAGCGACUAACAAACAAUAAAGCCAGGCAUUAAAAAGAACAACAAUAAAACUCUGAUUGUCACUGCGAGUUUCCUCCUCGCCUGCAGUGCUCGGGACUUGCCUCUUGAACCAGCUUCUCCCUGUAAGACUGCAAUUGGGCUCACCUGUGCAUUAUAGAGCAUUCAAAAUGCCCCAAAGGAGGUCCAGUGAGCUUCAGCUGGGAGGGAUUUCGGAUAUCCACUUCUCUCAGUUCAGCCUGGAGCUCAGAGUGUCCCUGCAAGGAGAGUACCAGAGGAAACUCUACAAAGAACUCCUGAAGAAUUACAACCCACUGGAAAGGCCUGUGGCCAAUGACUCCCAGCCGCUCACUGUGUCGUUCAGUCUCAGCCUCAUGCAAAUCAUGGAUGUGGAUGAAAAGAAUCAAGUUUUGACCACCAAUAUUUGGCUCCAGAUGUAUUGGAGAGACUACUAUUUGCAAUGGAACAUGUCUGAAUAUCCUGGAGUGAAGAAUGUACGUUUUCCUGAUGCCCAGAUAUGGAAGCCAGAUAUCCUCCUAUACAACAGUGCUGAUGAGCGUUUUGAUGCUACAUUCCAUACCAACGUGUUGGUGAACUCUUCAGGGCACUGUCAGUAUAUCCCUCCAGGAAUAUUCAAGAGUUCUUGCUCCAUCGAUGUGCGCUGGUUCCCCUUUGAUGUCCAGAAAUGUACAUUGAAGUUUGGAUCCUGGACUUAUGGGGGAUGGUCUUUGGAUUUACAAAUGCAAGAUGCAGAAAUAGGUGGAUAUAUUUCAAAUGGAGAGUGGGAUUUAGUAGGAGUUCCUGGGAAAAGGACAGAGUCUUUCUAUGACUGCUGUAAAGACGAGCCUUAUCCAGACGUGACCUUUACUGUGACGAUGCGGCGGAGGACUCUCUAUUAUGGACUCAAUCUUCUUAUUCCCUGUGUGUUGAUCUCUGCCCUAGCCCUUCUGGUUUUUUUGCUUCCAGCGGACUCUGGGGAGAAAAUUUCACUAGGGAUAACAGUUUUAUUGUCCCUCACUGUCUUUAUGCUCCUGGUGGCAGAGAUUAUGCCAGCAACAUCCGAUUCAGUGCCACUAAUAGCGCAGUAUUUUGCCAGCACCAUGAUUAUCGUUGGCCUCUCAGUUGUUGUCACCGUCAUUGUUCUGCAGUAUCACCACCAUGAUCCAGAUGGGGGGAAAAUGCCAAAAUGGACGAGAAUCAUCCUUCUCAAUUGGUGUGCCUGGUUCCUGAGGAUGAAGAGACCAGGAGAGGAUAAAGUCCGCCCAGCAUGUCAACACAAACAGCGUCGGUGCAGCUUGUCAAGUGUUGAGAUGAACACCAUCAGCGGACAACAAUCCAGCAAUGGAAAUAUGCUCUAUAUUGGCUUCCGAGGUCUGGAAGGGGUCCAUUGCACUCCUACCACUGAUUCUGGAGUGAUCUGUGGGAGAAUGACUUGUUCCCCGACAGACGAUGACAACCUCCUUCACAGCGGACAUCCUUCCGAAACUGACCCAGAACUGUCCAAGAUCCUGGAGGAAGUCCGAUACAUUGCCAACCGAUUCAGAGACCAGGACGAGGCAGAAGCCAUCUGCAAUGAGUGGAAGUUUGCCGCUUCGGUCGUGGACCGCCUAUGUUUGAUGGCCUUCUCUGUCUUCACCAUCAUUUGUACAAUUGGUAUUUUAAUGUCUGCACCCAAUUUUGUAGAGGCUGUUUCAAAAGAUUUUGCUUGACCUGCACUCAUGGACUCAUCAGCCAUCUAUCAACAUAUAUUAUGUAGCAAUAGCCUAUCCCAUGCACUUUGCUUUUACAGGCUGUGUGGAUGCAGCUUUUGCGGGGGUACAGUAUAAGGAAAGGACAGUCUAAUCAUUAAUGGCCUUGGCAGUUCCCAGGGCUGCAUAUUUACUGCACCAAUCCACACACACCCCCAUGCACCCACCAGAUUUGGUGUCCAGAAUAAAUUAUUUACAUUAAAUCUA